GAAGCAGGAGGAGUGUUUUACAGCUGGGGAAGAGCUAAUAUCUGACUGACAAAGUUCACUUUCAAUGAACGUUAAACAGGAAGAGAUUUAAGGUUUUCCAUAUUACAGUCAUGAGGCUACUCUGUCUGCUGCAGUUCAUCUGCUUGGCUAUUUGUCAUCCAUCAAGAACAAGAGACUGGGCUCACCAUGGUGCCCCCAUGUUUGCUGACCUCACAGUUCGGGAAAUGAAAGCAGUCCGGUCCUAUCUGCAUAGUAUUCCAGAAUUGGAUCUCAGUACAGCUCAAAGCCUAAAUCUAAAGAAGAAUAGUAUCCUAUUGAUAGAGCUCCAUUUGCCAAGGAAACAUGAAGCCCUGAGGGCUCUGGAUCGUGGACAGGCCAAACCUCCACGUGAAGCCCGUGUGGUGGUCCAGUUUGCAAACCAAGCCAAGCCCAAUAUCACUGAAUAUAUUGUUAGUCCUCUGCCAUCCCCCAAAUCCCACAGAGUUAAGACGUUCAAGGGUGAUAGGCAUCCUCUUUUUGAGUCAAGACCAAUUACUAAGUCAGAGUACACUCAUAUUACUGAAGCCCUUGUGAAGAUUACAACUAAAGCUCAAAAACUUCUAUUUGAUACAACAGGAGGAUUCUCUUUCAGUAACUGCUCUAACCGCUGCCUGACAUUCAGUGAUAUAGCUCCCAGAGGGACAGGUCCAGGUCAGAGAAGAACCUGGAUAAUGUUGCAAAAGUUUGUGGAAGGUUAUUUCAUCCACCCUGUUGGAUUUGAGGUGCUACUUAACCACCUAGACUUGGAUCCACAAAAGUGGACUGUUGAAAAGGUCUGGUACAAUAGUCGGUACUUUGACAGUGUGGAGGAGCUCGUAGAAAAAUAUGAUGCAGGACUUGUGGAGAAGGCCAAAUUACCAGAUCAUGAUGACAAUGACCUCUAUUCCACCUAUAUUCCACGAGGUUACACUAGUACCCCCACAGAAAUUCAUGGGCCAAAAUUUGUGGAACCUCAAGGGGCUCGCUAUCACAUUGAUCACAACUUUGUUGAAUAUGCAGGAUGGUCUUUUGCCUACCGUGUGCGUUCAUCAGCUGGGCUUCAAAUCUUUGACCUUUCGUUUAAUGGAGAAAGGAUUGCUUAUGAGAUCAGCCUCCAAGAAGCUAUCGCCUUCUAUGCUGGUGAUACACCCGCUGCCAUGCAAACCAAGUAUAUAGAUGCUGGCUGGGCAAUGGGCACAUCCACAUAUGAGUUAGCACCUGGUAUUGACUGUCCAGAAAUUGCCAAAUUUGUUGACCUUUACCAUUAUUAUGAUACAGACAAACCCAUACACUUUAAAAAUGCAUUAUGCAUUUUUGAAAUGCCCACUGGAAUACCUCUGAGGAGGCAUUUCAAUUCCAAUUUUAAUGGAGGAUACAACUUCUAUGGAGGGUUAGAGAAUACAGUGCUUGUGCUGCGGACAACCUCAACAGUUUACAACUAUGAUUACAUCUGGGACUUCUACUUUUACCAGAAUGGAGUAGUGGAGGUAAAAGUCAGUGCUACUGGAUACAUUCACGCCACUUACUUCACACCUAAUGGAAUUCAAUAUGGCACCAAGGUGUACAACUAUGUGCUGGGAAACCUUCACACACACCUUAUCCAUUAUAAAGUGGACCUGGAUAUUGCUGGUCGACAGAACAGCUUUGAGUCACUGGAUUUAAAAUUUGUCAACUUCACAAAUCCAUGGAGCCCAGAGGACUUCAUUGUCCAGUCCAAACUCCAAAGGACACAGCACAAGACAGAGAGAUCAGCUGCUUUCCGAUUUGGCAAGAAGUUUCCCCGCUAUGUUCACUUUUACAACCCCAACGAGAGAAACAAGUGGGGACAUGACAAGGGCUACCGUAUUCAGUUUAACUCCCAUGCCCACAGCGUGCUUCCACGGGGCUGGAAAGAGGAAAAUGGUGUUAACUGGUCAAGAUACCCACUGGCUGUGACACGCUACAAAGAUGACGAGGUCAGCAGCAGCAGCAUUUAUGCUCAGUGUAACCCCUGGGAACCUCUAGUGUCUUUUGAGGACUUCAUCCGCAACAAUGAAGAAAUAGUCAACCAGGACCUGGUUGCCUGGGUGACAGUGGGUUUCCUUCAUGUGCCUCAUGCGGAAGACAUCCCCAACACAGCAACACCUGGUAACUCAGUGGGCUUCUUCCUUCGACCCUUCAACUUCUUCAAUGAGGACCCUUCAGUGACUUCCAAAAGCACUGUCAUUGUCCGUCCAGGGCAGGCAGGCCAACCCAAGAUCCAAAGAUGGACACCAGCGGUUGUAGGUCACUGUGUGACAAACAAGCCCUUCUCUUACAAUGGCACAUAUGGAGGAGUAUAAGGGUGCUUCUAUAAACAAAUCAUUUUUUCAGCAAGUAAUAUCUUUGUUCAACUGAUGUAAAUAAUAUAGCCAAUAGCCCAAUUAUUAACAAUACACAUUUGUGCAUGAUAAUGCUAAGAUUUACUAUAAGUAAUGUGG